AUGGCCGCUGGGACAUCACCACCUUUCUUCACAUCUCUGAAUAGCGCCCUCGCUACCCGGUCUGAGAUUGUCCAAGCGUGCAAAUCACUUUUGAACCCUCUGCUACCUUUCUUUUCACCUGGGAAGACAAGGCUUCGACUCGGGGCUACAGCAACUCGCUAUGACGAAGCAGGUGCGCAGCUCGAAGGCUUUACACGACCCAUGUGGGGUCUUGGAGCCUUGCUCGCUGGUGGUGAGUCGUUCGAGGGUUCUGAGCUCUGGUUGGAAGGAAUAAGAAAUGGGACAAAUCCUGAUCAUCCCGAAUUCUGGGGCUGGUCGAAGGAUUUGGACCAAAGAAUGGUCGAAAUGUGUCCUCUCGGCUUUGCGCUCUGCGUCGCUCCGGGCCAUUUCUGGAAGCCGCUGAAUGAGAAAGAGCGCGAGAAUGUUCGGAGAUGGCUAGAUAUCAACAAGAAGGAGAUGCCGAACACAAAUUGGCUCUGGUUUCGUGUCUUUGCUAACCUAGCAUUGAUGAAGAAUGGUGCAGAGUAUGAUGCCGAGCGACUCGAAGCCGACCUCAACCACCUUGACACUUUCCAUUUGUCUGGUGGUUGGAGCAACGACGGUCCGCCUGACACGCUUCAGAUGGACUACUACUCUGGUUCAUUUGCAAUUCAGUACCUUCAAUUGCUGUAUGCAAAGCUAAACGGUGAUCGGGAUCCAAAAAGGGCAGACAUAUACAGAGAUCGAGCGAGAAUGUACGCGAAGGAUUUCCUCCACUACUUUGACGAGCAAGGUCGAGCGAUGACCUUUGGCCGUUCUCUCACCUAUCGGUUUGCAAUGGCCGGCUUCUGGGCGGCUGUUGCUUUUGCAGAUCUAGACCUCGAGCCACCUCUGAGUUGGGGAGUGAUCAAAGGUAUUCUCCUGCGCAAUCUGCGUUACUGGUCUCAACAAAAGGACACACUCAAUGGAGCAGGGAUAUUGACCAUCGGCUAUGGCUAUCCCAACCAAUUUAUAUCUGAAAACUACAAUUCACCCGGCUCGACCUACUGGUUCAUGCUCUCUUUUGCGGUGUUGGCCUUACCUGAGUCUCAUGAGUUCUGGCAGUGCAGAGAAGACCCAUAUCCCUCCCACUCAAUACCCCAUAUUGUGGCGUUGAAGCAUCCCAAACACAUUAUGGUGAGAAAAGGAGGACAUACUUUUCUCUUGUCUUCGGGGCAGACGUGCCACUACCCAAUGAGAGCUGCGGAGAGCAAAUACGGAAAAUUUGCAUACAGCACGGCAUUCGGAUAUUCUGUCCCCACCGGCGGCUACUUUGUGGAAGCCAUCGGGGGCGACAAUAUCCUCGCAGUCUCAGACGAUCAAGGCGAGUCGUGGAAGGUGCGGAGGAAGCCACUCAAUGCAAGGCUGGAGACUGUCGAUGGUACGCCAGUGUUGAUUUCUGAGUGGAAACCGUGGGCCGACACUAAAGUCGAGACCUAUCUGCUUCCUCCAACCGAAGCCACACCGAAUUGGCAUCUCCGCGUACACCAUAUCAGGGCAGGCAGCAGAACCUUGAAGACGAGCGAAGGCGCCUUUGCCCUGAACGGUGUCUCAGAGAAAGACGAUCGCGAGUUACAGCAGAUGGACGCAGAAAAUUCUGAAGGAAGACAAGCAGACAAUGGGGAGGCUGUUGCUGUGACUCGAGGUGGUGCUGUUGGCAUUGUUGAGCUGCACCAACCCGGAGCUCGUGCUGGCUGUGUGCUGGACGAGGACGCGAACAGUAACCUGAUGGAGAGCAGAUCCGUCCUACCCAGCCUGGCGAUGGAUAUAGCUGCAAAUGCGGGCGUUUGGGUAGCGACUGGCGUGUUUGCUAUGCCAUCAAAUGUUUCGAACUAUAGGAGGAAGUGGCAAGAAAGCUGGAUGCAACGACCACAAAUUCCAGACUGGCUGAGAAACAGAAUGGUAUAG